AUGGCCCCGACCCUGCUCCAGAAGCUCUUCAACAAAAGGGGCGGCGGCGCGGCGGCCGCCCAGGCCCGGCCGCCCAAGGAGGAGCCUGCUGCCUUCAGCUGGUCGUGUUCGGAGUUUGACCUGAGUGAUAUUCGCCUGAUAGUGUACCAGGACUGUGAGAGGAGAGGCAGACAAGUCAUGUUUGAUUCCAGAGCCGUUCAGAAGACGGAGGAGGUGGCGGCAGCCCAGAAAGCAGAGGAUGUCCCUGUUAAAAUGUCAGCCAGGUGCUGUCAAGAGAGCAGCGGGAGUGGCAGCGUCAGCGGCGGCAGCGUCUCUUCCCACAGCUCUGGAGGAUCCCUACAGCAUGCUAAGGAGCAGCUUCCAAAGUACCAAUACACGAGACCAGCUUCCGACGUCAACAUGCUCGGGGAAAUGAUGUUCGGCUCUGUCUGCAUGAGCUACAAAGGCUCAACCCUGAAGAUACACUACAUCCGUUCUCCUCCACAACUGAUGAUUAGUAAAGUCUUUUCUGCUAGAAUGGGUAGCUUCUGCGGAAGCACAAAUAACCUGCAGGACAGCUUCGAAUACAUCAACCAGGACCCUCAGGUUGGAAAACUGAACACGAAUCAGAACAGUUUGGGUCCUUGUCGCACUGGAAGUCACCUAGGUCUGCUGCAGGCAUGCAGCGGCAAACUGCUGCAGGGGGUGUCCGAAGGAGGACCGCUCCGGCUCACCCGCAGUGCUUCUUUCUUUGCAGCACACAGCACACCAGUUGAUAUGCCAAGCAGAGGCCAGAGUGAAGACAGGGACAGUGGCAUUGCUCGAUCAGCUUCACUGAGCAGCCUUUUGAUCACACCCUUCCCGUCUCCGAGCUCCUCGACAUCCUCCUCCAGCAGUUACCAGCGCCGCUGGCUUCGAAGUCAGACAACAAGUUUGGAAAAUGGCAUCUUUCCAAGGAGGUCAACUGAUGAGACGUUUAGCUUGGCUGACGAGACCUGUAGCUCUAAUCCAGCCAUAGUGAGAAGGAAGAAAAUUGCCAUCAGCGUCAUCUUUUCCUUGUGUGAGAGAGAAGCAGCACAGCAGAACUUCCAGGACUUCUUUUUCUCCCACUUCCCCCUCUUUGAAUCCCACAUGAACAGGCUCAAGAGCGCCAUUGAAAAGGCCAUGAUCUCCUGCAGGAAGAUAGCAGAAUCAAGUCUCCGUGUCCAGUUUUAUGUGAGCCGUCUGAUGGAGGCACUGGGAGAAUUCAGAGGGACUAUCUGGAACUUGUAUUCUGUUCCAAGGAUAGCUGAACCAGUAUGGCUUACCAUGAUGUCGAGCACGUUGGAAAAAAACCAGCUCUGCCAGCGCUUUCUCAAGGAAUUUAUACUUCUGAUUGAGCAAGUCAACAAAAACCAGUUUUUCGCUGCCUUACUGACCGCGGUGUUAACAUACCAUUUGGCCUGGGUACCGACCGUCAUGCCUGUUGAUCACCCUCCCAUUAAAGCCUUCUCAGAGAAGCGUACAUCUCAGUCGGUGAACAUGCUGGCCAAAACGCAUCCGUAUAAUCCUCUCUGGGCACAGCUGGGUGACCUUUAUGGAGCGAUAGGCUCUCCAGUGAGACUGACCCGCACAGUGGUGAUUGGAAAGCAGAAGGAUUUGGUCCAGCGCAUCCUUUACGUUCUGACCUACUUUCUCCGUUGCUCUGAACUACAAGAGAAUCAGCUGACCUGGAGUGGGAAUCCUAGUGAAGAUGACCAAGAUAUAAACGGGAGCAAGAUUGUAACAGCCUUGGAAAAAGGAGAGGUGGAGGAAUCUGAGUAUGUGGUAGUUACAGUGAGAAACGAGCCUGCUCUUGUCCCGCCAAUCCUACCACCAGUGACGGCUGAGACAAGGAGCCCGGAGCCUAGAGGAGUAGCUGAGAUCCCAGAAGGCGCCGAUACUAGCGAACUGGGUCACAAACCUGACCGAAACAGAUGCAAGAGGCCAGAGCAGAGUUCUGAGGCCAGUAGCAUGGGGUUCCAAGAGGCAGAGCCUGACAGUUCGUGGACACCUCAAGGCAUAGUCUGUGAGGACAAACAGAAUGACCAAGAGGCACCCCAAAAUGACUCUUCAAGACCUCCCAGCUCUGAGGUUCCCAGGGUAAGACUAAGGAUGGACCCACAUGCUGUCCAUGAGGAGCUGCUAAAGAAACCAGCUGAUAGGUCAGCAGCCUGGCCCUGCCCUGACAGACAUUCCCAGGAGGAUCCUCCUGUUGAAAAGGUCACCUUCCACAUUGGAAGCUCCGUCUCUCCAGAGGCCGACUUUGAAAGCCGCACCCAAAAAAUGGAAGAGCGGUUAAAGACCUGUGGACAGUUUUGUGGGACCAGUGCCUCUGUCAGUCCUAGCGUGGACACUGGCCUGACUCGAGACCAACAGGGCUCCAGGUGUUCCUCCAAAGCUGACUUUCAAAAGGACAUUGCCCUUCCUGAGGACCAGUCCUCGGGAGGAGGAGGUGUCUCUGAGGACAGAGGCCUCCAAGCCAACAUCACGGCAGGUGCUGGGGGACAACUUAGCCAAGCUCAUGGCCGCCCUGCACCUUCCAGCUGUGCAGCAGGCAGUGGCCAGAGACCACUGGAACACACUGGAGAUUUGCAAUGCAAAGGCAAGAAAAGACCUUCCUCAGAGCAUGUAAACAGAUGUAGACAGCAGGGUGGCCUGCUGGGUGCUGCAGAUGUCCCCUGUGGGGACGCCCGUGGUAAGGCCAACUUCAGGAUCGAAGGAGACCUUCCCAGGAAUGAAAGCUUGGAUAGUGCUCUCGGAGACAGUGAUAAUGAAGCAUGUGCUUUAGCCCUGCUAGGCCUAGGUCCCAGUUGUGACAGGACUGAAGGGUCCUUGGAAGUGGAGCUGCCUCUGCCAAGGUCUCAGAGCACCAGCAAGCCAAAUGUUAGAAACUUUGCCCGCUCGCUUCUGGCGGGCUACUGCGCUACGUACAUGCCGGAUUUGGUGCUGCAUGGAACCGGCAGCGACGAGAAGCUGAAACAGUGCCUGGCAGCUGACCUGGUCCACACGGUGCAUCAUCCAGUGCUUGAUGAGCCCAUAGCCGAGGCUGUCUGUAUCAUUGCAGACACGGACAAAUGGACUGUCCAGGUGGCCACGAGUCAGAGGAAAGUGAUGGACACCAUGAAGCUGGGCCAGGAUGUCUUGGUCUCUAAUCAGGUGUCCUGUUUACUUCAGUCCAUUUUACAGCUCUAUAAGCUUCACCUUCCUGCCGACUUUUGCAUCAUGCAUCUAGAAGACAGACUACAGGAGAUGUACCUUAAAAGUAAAAUGCUUUCCGAGUAUCUCCGGGGACACACGCGUGUGCACGUGAAAGAACUGAGUGUGGUGCUGGGGAUUGAAUCUAACGACCUGCCUCUGCUGACGGCGAUUGCCAGUACGCAUUCUCCUUACGUGGCGCAAAUCCUCUUGUAACCGACUGCAGGGCCGUUCUUGGAAAAGAAUCCGAAAGGAGGGAGCCCUCAGUGACGGUGAGGCUGUGGGAGCACGGAGCAGACAUGGAGCUGCUGAGGAGUGGCUGUCCUCGUC